AUGGAGGUCUUCUACUACAACUCCUCCAUCCUCUACAUCCACACACCGGCAAACAGCAGCAUUGAGGGCGGUGACAUUACCGUGUACGAGCGGUGUAAGGCCAUGCCUAUCCCCCUGUUCAUUUAUCUGGGCCUGCAGUUCAUCAACAUGUUCCUGGGGAUCCCCGCCAACCUGAUGGUGCUGUGGCUCCUGCACAAGAACAAGGGGGACUCCUCCACCUCCGACAUCUUCAUCCUCCACCUGGCCAUCCUGGAUGUCUUCUUCUGCCUCAUCCCACCACUGGAAUUUGCCAACAAACUGUAUCUCACCACCAGCAGCACCUGGUAUGUACUGCGCUUCUUCUACGGGGUGAAAGAUUCUUCUCCACUCUUCCUCUCCUGCAUCUGUAUGGACCGCUACAUGGCCGUCCUGCACCCCAUCACCUUCACCGAGCUGAAGGACCGAAGCCACCGCAAGGUGUGUACUGUGGUGGUGUGGCUGAUCACCCUGGCCUAUGCGGUGGCCAAGAGUGUGGACACCAUCCCCAACUUCGCGAAGGUCUUUGUUGGCAUGAUCCUGGCAGCGUUUGCCUUCAUGCUCUUCUGCAACGUGGCCAUCCUGAGAGCUCUUCGCCAGUCGGGGCCCGGCCGUGAUGAGAUGCACCCCGUCAAGAAGAGGGCCUUCAAGAUGGUGCUCAUCAUCCUGGGCAUCAUCGUCUUCAACUACUUCCCUCCUGUGGCUCUCAUGCCCUUCUACGAUUACUUCACUGCAGAAGUUCUGAACUGCUAUGUCCACCCUGUAGCCUUUGGUUUCAUGGAUUUCAGCAGCAGCAUUCAGCCCAUUCUCUACCUCUCCCGGGAAAAGAUUCCCAAUGCCCGUUGUUGCUGCUUUAAGGAUCGAGGCUCAGGAAACCCCACCAAUCCAAGCUGA